AUGCCGCAUCAAGGCCAGAGUGCAGUCGGUCGGUCGGUCGAUGAGGAUGAAGAGAACAUCCGAUUGCUUGAGUUGCUUGCAGAGAUCGGAUCGGCAUGCCCAUUGCCGACCCCACACGCCGAAUACUUCUGCUCCUGGCCCCGAAUCCCCGUGGGCUUUGUUCUGGAUUCAGCCUCGACCGAGCAUCUCAGUCUCACAGGAACAGCCCGGUCGAGCCGAUCGUCUGGGCCAGAAGAAGCCUUGAGCCAGGACCAGCCUCGAAGACCGACCGAUCCAGACCCAGAGGACCCUUUUGACAAGAUGAGCCUCGCUCCAACCAUGGCCUUGGAGAGUCCACUCGUCUCUUCGUCCCCAGGCAAUAAUAUCAUGUCCACCUUCUCUCCUUAUACCGACUUCUCGCUCUCUCCAAAUUCUCCUGCCAUGAACAAUUCGCCGCGCUUUCGGUCCAUCUCAACGCGUAGCUCUCAGGAAUCAUCGCAUCUUCGGCCGAACGCAAUGGAUGACCACUCUACGAACGGGCUCCAAAUGACAAGUCCAAGUGAUAUGGUGGGGCCAUCACCCGUUACCUCGAAUGGCACAGAAACAACAGAAAUCGAGGAUGAAGUGGCAGACGAGGUGCAGGAGCAGGAAACCAGACCUUCACCACCGAGACUUGUUGGGUCCGCAGACUCGCAGGCUACGUUGAAGAGAAUCAGCACAAACUUGCCCGAUGAUGCUAGAUCCUCUGCGGGAGACGAAUCCGUCUCUGUCAUACAUGCGCCGAAAGGGUACGGUCAAUUUAUUAUACCUGACAACCUCUCCGUCCAAGGACCACCACCAGCCGACCGAUCUACGCCUACCCCGUACCAGCAAGAUCAAAAUGUCCCAUCAAAUAUUAGCGUAGAUCUGCAGGUUCCAAAGGACAAGAGUUCACAUCCGAGUCCAAUAUCACCUCCACCAAUCUCUACCAAUGUGUCGCCUGUCAAUUACGGAUUAGAAAAUGCUACGCCUCGGGCACAGACCCGGCAAGAGAUCGAGGCCCUCAGCAGCGAUCACGGGGGCUCCAUUCGAUCCAGCAGUGCCCACAGCCUCGGAGGAAUACCUGAGGAGCAUCGUGUUGCCGAAGAAGAUGACUUCGAAGCCCGAACUGUCCAUAAUUCCGAUGAGGAGGUCCAAGCCCUGAAAGCCGCUCUGAACGAGUGCUGGACUUUGUGCAAUACCCUCGCGAGUUUGAGCUCAAUUCACCGAGAGAGAAUUUUCAGCUACUCUGGAACUGGAGAUGCCCACGAAACAGCCUGGAAGUGCUGCUGGAAACUGUGCCAGAAACUUUAUGACAGCCGUGACGAGGACCACGAAUCUCAUGUGAGACCGACUCUGGAUCUAUGCCGGGAUUUUUGCCAGGCUUUGUUUGAUUUCCGACAGCGGAAUGAUGAGGUCGCUGAUUCUGUUCUGAGAGUGAGCUUUGAACUUAACAAUCAUCUAUAUAAUACACAUGACCGGAACUUACCAGAGGCUUUCCGGGAGCGAACAUUGGAUUUCUACAUCACACUCUGCCACAGGUUGAUGAAGCAACGGAAUGAACUUGCCGAGGAAACCGACGCCCUGCUCCGAGCAUGCUGGGGGCUAGCCGAGAUGCUCUUCAGCCUCCGCCAAAAUAAACGAGAGGGCAAAGCGCCUGAUGAAGAACUUCUUGGGUCGGCAGUGCAAGCGUGCUGGGAGCUCUGCGACCUAUUCCGCGAAGGAUGGACCCAGGUUCGGCCAGAGCGAGGGACGCCGAGACCUUCACAAACAACUUUUACCCAGACAUCUGAUCAGAUGAGUCGGUCUUCACAUACCCAGAGCAGCAGCUUGCCCAGCUUGCCCAGCUUGCCCGAGAACCCGGACCAUCCAGAGCACGCUCGUACCCCAUAUAACCCAGAAACGCCCACUACCGAAUUUGAAGACACUCCCAUCUCACCCGAAGCCAAUUCCCCAAAUAUCCCCAAUAUUCUGGUUCUUGGCACCGACGGCAGCCGAUCAGCCAACGCCCGGUGGUCGAGUACCACCUCAACACUAUCUACAUAUUCGCAAGGAAGCGCCAAAUCCAACAGUACAGUCACUACAGCAGCCAGCCCGGAAGAUAUCAACCUCACCCGACUGAAAAUCCUGAUUCUGAAGGCCGCGAUGAAUGUCGGCUUCUCUCGCACCACACCUACCAGCGCGAACCCCAAUUCUGCCGGUCCCCCAGCAUUUCAGAGUUUCAUCAAAGCCCUCCCUACGGGCUCAUUUGGCUCUUUGCCCGCACACGCGAAGCUGCUCACAGCGUACCGGAAUCUCAUUCUCAGCGAUCCGACGUUCAGAAGCUCGAAUGCUCUACCGGCUAUGGGCAAGAACGCGAGCGCGAUAGAUGUCGCGAAGAGUGUGGGCUGGAUGAUGAGGAGUGGACAAUACCCGUUUCUGAAACAGCUCUACAAGUUGGUGUUUGGAUUCCCUAUCGAAGAGGCGGAGAAUAGGAAGCAUGUCAGCAUCACCGUUUAG